AUGAGUUUUGUAGAGUUUCAGUCAUGCCAUUUUCUUUUUGGUAUUGCUCUUGCAUUGUGCUUUUACCAAGUCUCAUCCACCAUCAGUGAAACAGACAGAAUUGCAUUGCUUGCAUUUAAGGCUGGCAUAACCAAAGAUCCUUUUGGCGUGCUCAACUCAUGGAAUGAUAGCAUUGAGUUUUGCCGGUGGUAUGGUGUUACGUGUGGCCGGUGGCAUCAGAAGGUCACGAUCCUGGACUUGUCAUCACAAGAACUCUUUGGAUCAAUCUCUCCUCAUAUUGGGAAUCUCAGCUUCCUAAGAGCAAUGUUGCUUCUCAACAAUAGUCUUGGUCAUGAAAUCCCUUCGCAAGUCGGGCAGCUGCGCCGUCUUCGUAGCUUACGACUAGACAACAAUUCAUUGGUUGGGGAAAUUCCCAAAAACAUAUCGGGUUGCUCUAACCUUGUCUACCUCUUUCUUCAAGUCAACCAACUAACCGGAGAGAUUCCUAGGGAGCUCGGUUCCCUAUCAAAGCUACGGAUAUUCGCUUCGUCUGUUAAUAAUUUGAUCGGGAGUGUGCCUUCCUUCAUUGGAAACUUAUCUUCAUUGGAAAUCCUUCAUUUAAUGACUAACAAAUUGGGCGGGAGCAUUCCCCAAGUUCUAGGUUACCUGACGAACUUGCGAAUCAUUGGCCUCGGACAAAAUAGAUUGACAGGUACAAUUCCAUCUUCGUUACUCAAUCUCUCUUCGCUAGCUAAUUUUGAAGUUGGAGACAACCAGAUACUAGGGACUCUUCCUGAGAGUAUGGGCCUCAAACUCCCAGCUCUUGAAUAUUUCAGUGUCUUUGAGAAUCAACUUGAGGGACCGAUUCCCCCAUCGAUAUCGAAUUCCACAAAACUAGUGGCACUUAAACUUGGAAGUAACAAAUUAUCCGGGAGUGUACCUUCAUUUGAAAAUCUGCAUGAGCUUCUUAAACUUAGAAUCUAUAAUAAUCAGCUUGGAAGUGGAAAACCUGGAGACUUAAGCUUCCUUUGCUCAUUGACCAACAACACCAAAUUGAUGUACGUGCAAAUUGAGGUGAAUGAGUUUGGUGGAGUGUUACCAAAAUGCAUAGGUAAUCUAUCUACUACUCUCACGACUCUUUUAAUGCAAGCGAAUCAAAUAUCCGGUGAGAUUCCAAAAGUAAUUGAGAAUCUUGUUGGCCUGGAUAGGUUGGGUAUGACCCUCAACUAUCUUUCAGGUAAUAUACCCUCAAAUUUGGGGAAUCUACAAAAUCUAGCAAUGCUAAUGAUCAAUAGUAACAACUUGCAAGGGACUAUCCCAUAUUCUUUUGGGAAUCUAACCAAGUUGAUUCUACUAAAACUUAGCAAGAACAAAUUUCAAGGGCAAAUUCCUUCCCAUCUAUCGAACUGUCGGUCUCUUAUUCUUCUUGAUCUGUCUAAUAACAAUCUUAGUGGUGCCAUACCCCCACAGCUUAUAGGUCUCUCAUCAUUAGCAAUCAUUUUGGACUUGUCUCAUAACCAUCUGUCUGGGGUUCUACCCAUAGAAGUUGGCAACUUGAGAGGUUUGACUUCAUUGGACAUCUCGAACAAUUUGUUGGGAGGUGAAAUCCCUGACAGUUUAGGUGAUUGCACUUCAUUGACAACAUUGAGGAUGGGGGGCAACUUCUUCCAUGGGUCCAUUCCUCAGUCAAUCAAAUCGUUGGGAGGCAUUGAAGAGAUGGAUCUUUCAUGUAAUAAUUUGUCGGGUCAGAUUCCAGAAUUCUUAACGAUAUUUCAUUCCUUGAAAAAGAGAGUAAAUAAACCAGUUUCAAGUUCGACAGAUGAUUCGUGUCCGAAUGUGUCUUAUGGAACACUCCUGAAAGCGACUGAUGGAUUUUCUUCAAUGAGUUUGAUCGGUGUUGGAAGCUUUGGUUCUGUAUAUAGGGGGAUACUCGAGGGUGACAGAACUAUUGUUGCUGUAAAGGUGCUUCAUUUAGGGUGUCAUGGUGCUUUGAAAAGCUUUAUAGUUGAGUGUGAGGCAUUAAAGAAUAUUAGACAUCGAAAUCUCUUGAAGAUAUUGACAGUUUGCUUGAGUAUUGAUUAUCAAGGAAAUGAUUUUAAGGCCUUAGUCUAUCAAUUCAUGGACAAUGGGAACUUGGAAAGGUGGCUACAUCCAAACCCAACAUCAUCUCAUAGCAAUGAGCUUCCAAAAAAGUUGAAUUUCAUUCGGAGGAUAAAUAUUGCUAUUGAUGUUGCUUUUGCACUAGAUUAUCUUCAUCACAGGUGCCACAUCCCCAUCGUUCAUUGUGAUUUAAAACCGAGCAAUGUCCUCUUAGAUGCUCAGAUGGUCGCACACGUGGGCGACUUUGGAUUGGUGAAAUUCCUUCUUGGAUCAUCCCUUGAUGUUGUUGCUAAUCAAAUGAGCUCAAUGGGUCUUAGAGGGACAAUUGGUUAUGCUCCACCAGAAUAUGCAAUGGGAUGCGAGAUCACAAGAGAAGGCGAUGUCUAUAGUUACGGUAUCCUCUUGCUAGAGAUGUUCACGGGAUUGAGUCCCACUGAUGAUAGAUUUGAGGACAACUUGACUCUCCGUAGUUUUGUCACAGCAGCUUUGCCUGAGCGAGCCUUGGAAAUUACAGAUCACAUUCUACUUCUAGAAAGAGAAAGUCGUUUCGUUCCCAAUAGUCCUCAACAUUGGCUUUCUGAAAGCAAUGGGAUAUUUCAAGAGUGUUUGGUUAUGGUAUAUAAUAUUGGAGUGGUUUGUUCAAAUGAAGUGCCUGCAAGACGGAUGAGCAUCGACGGUGUUACAAAUCAACUGCAAAAUAUUAGGAAAAAGCUCUUUGCAUUGGGUUUCCAUGAACAGGAUGAACUACUGCAGCUUCUGUCCAGGCUUUCUAACUCAGAAGAGUUCUUGGUUUCUUUCUACAGCUUCGCUAGGAAUCACUAUGCAUCGCUGAAGUUGUGCGAGACAGUUGGAGAUGAGUGA